CAAUGUAAUUUUCUGCUGCGAGAAGUUGACAUAUCAGUUUGGUUUCCUGAAUGUGAGUGGAGAUCGAAGGGGGUUGAACCUGUGUAUCAUGGCGAGUAUGGUAAGCGAAAACGGGUGUGGACAGAAACCACAAACCAUAAAAUCUGACGGACUGGACCGAGGUGCUCUACGCUGGGGCCCUCAACACGCAGGUGCCCGCGAACUUUCCAAUCUGUAUUCGCCAGGAAAAAGGUGUCAAGAAUGGGUAAGUGUGGUCCUCUGCUUGUCUCUUAUGGCCUUCAACCUCUUUCACCUCCUGGCUAACUUUCACCUGGGCCAUAUGUGGUACAUCCUCCUGGGAAUUGGGGCAGGCAUACUGACUGCAGAUUUUGCCUCUGGCCUAGUCCACUGGGGAGCUGAUACCUGGGGAUCUGUGGACCUUCCUAUCUUUGGAAAGGCCUUUAUCCGACCAUUUAGGGAGCACCAUAUCGACCCCACAGCCAUCACUCGCCAUGACUUUAUUGAGACAAAUGGUGACAACUGCAUGCUGACGCUGGUCCCUCUAGCAAACAUGGCCUUCAACUUCCUUACCCUUUCCCCUGCGGAGGUAUACCGUAUCUACCCCUGGUACUGCUAUUGGUUUUCCCUGGCCAUCUUUGUGACCUUGACCAACCAAAUUCACAAGUGGUCACAUACAUACUUUGGGCUGCCACGUUGGGUUGUGUUUCUACAGAACUGUCAUAUCAUUCUGCCACGUAAACACCACCGUGUCCAUCAUGUGUCCCCCCAUGAGACAUACUUCUGCAUUACCACAGGCUGGCUGAACUACCCACUAGAGAAGUUGGGCUUUUGGCGAAACCUCGAGGAUCUGAUCCAAGGUGUGACAGGAGAGAAACCCAGGGCUGAUGACCUCAAAUGGGCUCAUAAAACCAAGUAAUGGAAAAAGACGAGCUGCACCCUACCUCAAGAGACACAUGCCAUACUUGUCUUCUCUUUUUGUAGAACUUAAACUUAAAUCCAUGGUUUGAGAUGCCAUAACUUUAAGUCUUGCACAUUUUGUCUGGGUCUGUCAUCAGAAUAUAGAUAUAGGGAAUAUUUGUUUAGGUGUUUCUAACCUUACUGUGGAGAUCUGGGGUUGGCUGUGCUUUGAUACAUCAUCAUUGAAAGCACUACAACACUAACCUCUUUCUAACUCAACAACCAGCUCUAAUCUACACCAUUCUUGUAUGUCUAACUACAAUUUCCCCUUUCUAUGGGAUACAUUGGAAGACACUGUUCCCUGAAAGGUUCAAAGAUCUUAAUUAAUCUUACUAUAAUGCAACAUAAUUGAAAAUGUUUACUUUGUCCACAAAAAAUCACAAACAGAAAUACUUAAAGAAAGGCUUUUGGCAAUGUUUUUUAAUUUUACUUUCUUCAUAUCAACAAAAACAUUUUGAAGUGAAUAAGGUUGUGAGGAUACAAGCAUUUAUUAUACCUUUUUUGUCAUGACUUUUUACCCUUAAGUGCUGUCUUUAGACUCUUAAUUGGAAGCUAAUAGUUGUUUUAGGAUUCUCCAGGGUCCUGUGUCUCUCAAACCACCCUCCUUUUUUACUUGUUUGGAUGGACAUAGCUAUGACAUGCAGUUUUCUCAAGCAGCCUUAAUUAUCAUAGAUGUGAUGAAGUACAUUUGUGAGUCAUCUAGGGUGGUUUUCUACAAAGGAAACAAUGGUAGAACAGAACAUUCCCCUUUCAGAGAUAUUGCCAAUGAGAUAAGAAGUUAAAAAUAGAACUAAAUUGCCAAGCCUACGAGUGAAAAUGUAUGCCUUUGCUUUGGUAACCAGUACUUGUAAAUGUUUUGUACAGCAGAUAACUAUGCAGUGUGAUUGAAGGAGAACUUGAACCAUAUGUCUUAACUAGGAAUCUGAAUGAUUUGUUCAAUUGGCUAAGAUUCCUUCUUGUUCUUAAUGUGCCUGCCCUAUGUUUUGAAAAGAGGAAAUGGUGGAGUUAAUAAUAAUGAUAGUACUGAUUAUUUACUAUGGGGCAGGCAGGCAGGCAUGUACAUCAACACUGCAUGCCAAAACUCACACCUUUUACUCAAAUGAAAGGUCUUGAAAAUGUAUCUUACACUGGCUAGAGGGCAUGCAUACAGCAUGCUGGCUUGAACCGUCCAUGUGUCAUCCUUACUGUUUGUACGCAUCAGAAAGGGUCAAAAACAGUUUUGCUGCAUUCCAUUAGUGACUCCGUUUUGGGCUCAUUGUACUACUGGGCCCCCAAAACCCCUGCGAAAUAUAAUAAAUAAUUCAAAAUAUUCCUUAUAUUUAGUCAUUUAGUAGACGCUCUUUAGUGUGAACAGUCAGAAAUGUCUUUAUUACAAGGAAAACAUCUUUAUUACAAGGAAACUUGCUCAGUCGAUAAUGGUAGUUAUUUAAUUUAAAGCCAAAACAGCAUUUUAGACCUAAAACAUGGUUUGGUAUCCUAUCGUGAGGUAAUUGUUUUUCAGCUAUUGGACAACAGAACAUACUGCAUAAUGCUUGUUGUGAGGAUGUGUAGAAAAUUGCAGAAGUGGGUUUGUUGAGGCAAUUCUGAUAGAUUAAUUGAUUUGGAAAGUUAUACCACCUCAAAUUCCAAAGUCUGUAAUAUGAAUUUAUCUCAGUUUUCUGCCAUGAUUAAGACAAUUUCGCAAUGAAAUUGCUAAUUGGCUAUGGUCCAAGGAUGGCCUUUUUAAUAUGGUCUGUCCUUGUGGUGUUGAAUCCAAUAUCUUUUCUUGCACAUUUCUCAUUUAUUAUUUGUAGUUAUCUGUCAAAGAUUAAUACAGGAGUAUGUAUGUGGUAAAUUGAAUGUUUGGAAUUUGGUUUAUCUUGUCUUUGAAGUAAUACUGAUGGAAAGGUAAAUCAUAAAAUGGUCUAUAUAAAGUG